ACAAAAAUAAACAAUGGUAUUGAUCCAUAUAUACAGCGAGAUCCGGGGUAUAAUCGUACGAUUGUUUGUCACAGGAUCCAGGCCUAACAGAAUUUAAUUAGGAAUAAUGGACAUUCUCAAUUAUUUCCUGUUCAUGUUGAUUGGACUUUGGUGUGAGAUUACAGCCUCCCAAGGCAAGCAGCUAGAUGAUUAUAUUACACAGUAUGAAGAGCUUCAUUACGACACCGAUACUUUACAUCAGCGCCACCUACGUUUCAGGCGUUCGAGUACACAACGUCACUUAAUAUUCAAAUUCAACGCUUACAAGAGGGACUUCCAGUUAGAGCUGGUUCCGGAUGAUUCUAUAUUUACACCAGACUUUGUACUACAACACACCAAUGGAUCUACGUACCCUGCAGAUAUAUCUUUUGUAUACACGGGCAAGGUCAAAGGAGAUCCUGCUUCCUACGUGCACGGCAGUGUACUAGACGGAGUGUUCCGGGGAUUCCUGGUUCUCGGAGACGGCACUGUUUACCACAUUGAACAUGUCCGGAGGUUUCUCCCAGCCGGACAAGUCGUACCCUACCACUCGGUCAUUUACAAGAGUGACCAUGUCAACCUCGACCCAUACCGACAUCGUCGAGCCCCGGGGGUCGGGACAUGUGGUGUGGACAGACAUCGGCAGUGGAUGGAUCAGAGAUCAACUCCAGAAGCUGACCGUAACAACAAUAAGGCAAGUCGAUACAGCAGGUUUGUGAACAGUGGGCACAGUGACGCGGCAGGAACUACACAGCAUGACACAGAAGACGCGAUAACCCCUGACAAUACCAGUAAAACGCCCUCCAAUGCAUCACAACGCAAACACUCGGAUGAUCGAGUGAGACGAAAUGUCCCCAAAUCCAACUCGGCAGAUCGUCUAGGGGCGCAGAAUACUUGCUACAUGUACCUGAGAUCUGACCCAGUUUUGUGGCGAUAUAUCAAACAACAGGUCACGGAUGAUAGUGUAGCCAAGAACGAAAUACUGGCAAUGUUUGCCAGUCACGUGGCCGCCAUAAAUCUUAUCUACAAUCCGACCAACUUUACAACGUACCCCACCCAGCCGACCGACUACUACUACAUCGGGGUCAGGUUUAGGGUUCAAAGGACAUCGGUAAUGACCGACGAGUCAGAGAAUUGUAACACUACGAGGGCUAAUCAGUUCUGUAACCCGGAUAUUGACGUCAGUAAUUUCCUCGAUCUGACGUCACGAGAAGAUCACGACCAGUUCUGCCUGGCCUUCACCUUUACGGCGCGAGACUUUUCUGGGGGAACAUUGGGACUUGCCUGGGUAGCUUCACCCGAAAAUUCAGCAGGUGGUAUAUGUGAGAGGUACAAAACGUUCCCUGGUGAAGAUGGCCGAUCAGUCAGUAAGAGUCUUAACACUGGUAUCGUCACAAUCAUCAACUAUGGCAAGCGUGUCGCUCCUACCGUGUCACACCUCACCUUCGCUCACGAGGUCGGACACAACUUUGGAUCUCCUCAUGACACCGGAAUAUGUGCACCGUAUAAAACACAUUAUCCCGGAGCCUCGGAGGGAAACUUUAUCAUGUAUGCCAGUGCUACGCACGGAGAUCUGCCUCAUAACCGCGAGUUUUCCGCGUGUAGUAAGGACAACAUGACACGAGUGUUACACUCCCUACUUGAGGAGAGGUUCAAAAAGAACUGUCUUCAAAAUCAGCAGGGCUCUUUCUGUGGUAACGGUAUCGUUGAGGAGGGAGAGGAGUGUGAUUGUGGUUACAAGGACGACUGUGACGAUAAAUGUUGUAACCCCCGUCACGAGCCCAAGAGAGACACAGAUUGUACACUCCGGUUACAUGUAAUAGGUGUCCAGAAGGUCUAUUGCAGUCCAUCACAAGGUCCUUGCUGUACAUCAGAAUGUCAGUACAUCCCCACUGCCAGUAACAAGACAUGCCGAGCGUCCUCUGACUGUAUCGAGGCAGCGUAUUGUCCAAGUGACUCGGCAACAUGUCCACCGACCAGGAACAAACCGGACAUAAUUACACUGUGUAACGAAAACCUGUCAGUCUGUCAGAAAGGGGAGUGCACUGGAUCGCUAUGUAAAACGAUUGGGUAUACAACGGAUAAUAAUGCAUCUCUGUGGGACGAAUGUAUGCUGAGUUCUUCAUCAUGUUACCUGUCCUGUCGCUUAAAAGGAAAUAAUCACAGUUGCAUCAGCUCGGACGCUAUUCCUGAGGACCCGCAAUAUCAAGACUACAAAAACUUUGUCAAAAACAGGACAGUGUCAAAAGUCUUUCUCCCAGCUGGGUCACCUUGUAAUGACUUUAAGGGUUACUGUGACGUGUUCAGUCGAUGUCGGGGCGUCAACAACAACGGGCCGUUGGCAAGGUUACAGAACCUCAUUUUCGGUAAUCAGACAUGGACCAUGAUCCGUGAAUGGAUAGUUGAAAACUGGUGGAUCGUUAUGCUGAUGACUAUAGGACUCGUUCUGAUCAUGAUUGUGUUCAUUAAAAUGUGUGGCGUCAACACUCCCAACUUCGAUCCCAAACACAAACCUGUUUCCAAGGUUACACCAACGUCACCACCAAAAAUCAGGGAUUCAAAUCACGAACAGAUUCGUAUGUCACGUGGUCAAUAUUUGGAUGAUUAUGACUCGUCGCCAAGACAAGGAGCACCACAUGGACAGUAUCGUGCCAAAGAAAUCAAUCGUAUAGACAGGCGGCAAAGAUAUUGAUCGGCCUCCUUAAGUGACCAUUAACAUUCAUCAAAUGUACCUUUCCAUUUAUUUUAACUUUUUACUAUAAUGUCCUGUGAUACAACUUAAACAGUAAGCUUAGCCUAUCAAAUAUUCCAAAAUAUUGUUCGACCCAUACGCGAAACUGCUGAAAUCAUGUAGGGGAGAUAACUGUUAUAUUAUGGGGAGAAUACUUUUCUUUAUAGAUUGCGCCAAUAAUAUAGCUUGAUAGUUAAUCAGUUUUAAAAACUGAUUAAAGUUUUGAAAAAAACAAUUGCCAAACGGAAGUCGAUUUCGAGAGGAAGAAUAUGGAUGGAACCCUUUACGGUAUCUUCUCACGUUAUAGAGUGUGACUUGGAUUAUUCUUGAUGUGAUGGCCAUCUCGUGGUCUUAACAAUGUCAUCGUACUUCAUUUGAUUUGAAAGCAUACUUUUUCGCGGAAAGAGUUCCUGGUUUUAGAAGUGCAUUGCAGAAGACCAGAAAUUCCCUGCUGCAUAGCGAGAGACACAAUAUCCACCCCGGGGGUAUUUUUCUUCGGUGUCAAAUCUACGUUACAGACUUCGGUUCCGUAUGUAAUAAUAUCAUCGUGUGCCAAAGUAUGAUAAUCAAACAAUAUGUAUAUUUAUUUUAAAAAAUAUCAAAAAGUUAUUAUUUUAACUGCUUCUAUAGUUUGGCAUAAGUAGUGUUUUUCUCAUGUGUCGUUCCUCUAUUUCCUAAGUUAAACUUGGUCGUUUAGAUAGGUUUUAUCUGAAAGAUAUUGCAUAAUACGUUAUUUUGAUUAUGCUAUAAUUUUCUUCCUUUUUUUUCGAUUUUCGAUUUACCAUCGAACUGUAUUUACAUUUCAAAUAAUAAUUAAAAAUUUAGCUAAGUAAGAAAAUGUUUAGUAGCAAAAAUAAUGGUAAAACGAUGUAGAAAUCCAAACAAAAUAAACAUUUGCUGACCUUUGACCUUAUGGCCAUUAUUUUCCAUCUUUAUACCAAAGAUCAUCCAUGUCUGAAGUGCUCUGAAUCCUACUGUUGUUUAAUUUCGCGGGGUAAGAUAUUUCCUUCCUAUUACAAAACAAAGUAUUACACAAGCCGGUUUUUCCUUUGUUUAUGUCAGGUUUCGCUGUUGUUCCGCAAACAUUUCAGCGAUAUUUUGAUACAAGCAGAGACGUCUCUGAUUCAAUGUAUAAAUAAUUAAAUAUUCGCUGGAUGUUUAAUUUGACACCAUCUUUGGUGACCACGAAUAUUACCAACUCUACAGUAUAUAGAGAUAAUGCAAAACAAUAUAUGUGUAUCAAACCUUCGUUACUUAAGAGAGCAGUCUAAAGAAUUAAGGGUCUUCUACGAAGGUUGGGCAAUUCGAGCCCUUAAAACAACACCCCUAUACAAAAAAAAAUGUGUGUGUAUGUACAAUUUUGAACAAAAAUGUGUAUGAUUUGAUUAAAAAUAAUGGAACGGCAUGUCAGUUUCGUAACCGUAACGUGAGGUACUCAAAAUAGAACGGUACCAAAAUGGAAGUACCCAAAAUGGAAGUACCCAAAAUUGGUGUUCUAACUUUGGUACCCUAACGUUACAUCAUAAAACGGUCUCACCAUAGAUUAUUUCAUUCUAUAUAAGUACACUGUACUAGUCAUUUUUGAGAUUAUCUAAUAACUAGUUGCUUGCUUUUCAUGUGUAUCAGUACAAUAUCGUGCAAAAAGAAGUGAAAAUUAAUAUAAAUAUGUUGACUUCAGUACCAUUGCUUGGGAGAACGUCAAUAUGCUAAUUACAGGUCAUCAAUUGAGUUACACAAUGAGGUUAAAAAACGGCCAAUUGAGUAUUAUUGUAUUUUUUACAAAGCAACAAAUGCUACAUGUUUCAAACAGAAAGCGAUAGUGAACAAAUUGUAGGAAAUCGUUAAAUUUGUUUGGUUUUUUUUUAGUUUUCCUAGCAGACAAAUUGAAGAAUCAUUUUAAAUGGUUGAGCAAUGUCAAAAAGUGACCCAGCUUUUGCACGAAUGAAUAGUUGUCCAUGUGUGAUUUAUUUUCAAUAUUAACAAAUAGUUUAAUGUACUUUGUUAUUUAUACAUCAAUGAUAUGAAAUUGUAUCACAAAUACAUAUACUGUAAGAGUUCAUAUUUUGGCGGUGAUAUUAUUUUAGCGUUGUUUGGCCCUUCAUUAUUGCGCUGAAAUAUUUACUACGUGAAAUGACGUUCUGUACAUUUUUUUCUGUUUCAUAAUAUGAUAUUGUGUGUACAUCAAAAUAAUCGAUUAGCUAAUCUGUUAAAGUUCGAUAACUCGCUAAAAUGUGGUUGCGCUGAAAUAACCACAGUGCAGUGGGACAGGGAUCCUUAAUGCUGCAGUCGGAGUGUUGUGUGCUGUGUGAUACAUGUGAAAACGUUUCAAGAGGUCCCCUGAGGGGGAAUUAUAUUGUUAUGGAGUAUUCCCAGUUCAUUUCAGCUCAUCGAAUCAGACUCGUUUCACAAAUUUCACAAGAAAUGUAAACAUGUGUAUUGUGAUGUAUUUCCUAUGGUUAAUGACAUGAACACAAAUAAUGUUAUUUGUUAUAUACGCAGUGUUUUUACGUUUUCUGUCGGAUUAAAAUAGCGAGAGGAUAUUG